AUGUCUAUAUCAAGUCUCGAAGCUAAUAUGAAGGAACAAAUUGAAAGCGGUGUAGAAACGCUGAAUAGGAUGUUAGAUCAGUACGGCGACCUCAGAUCACAAAUCAAUGACAAGUUGACGUCCUUGAUCCAGCCUGGAGAAGUGACCCAGACCACAACACUAGAACCGCAUGGGAAAGGAAUACCAGUCAAGAGGGCGUGCCUGCUCUCAUGCGGAAGUUGUCCUUCUAAGACCGAGUACAUCGAUCGAGAAGAGCUCCAAAAGAUGGGCUCUACCAGUAUUUCCUCGGAGGAAAUGGACUAUUGGGCAAGGCUAGAACGCGAUAGAUCCAUUGAGGGAUCAUUAGCCGUGAAGAGGUAUAAUCUUCAAUGUGAGUUGGAGAUGGCUGAGAAUCGUUCACGUCAAGUUUCCAACCCAGAAUACAAACUCGAUUACACACCUACAACAUCAACGUUGGACCCAGCCAGCGUAGAUUUAGAUAUUCGGAGGAUGGAACACGCGAUUUUAAGUGAGUUGGCAAGCGAACGGAAAAGUAGCUUGAAUAAGCUUCGCGGCUCAGAUACCUUGACUAAAUGGGUGUAUUUUGAAUCUUACAAUUCAUACGUCCUUGAUCCCCACACCAAGAGUCAGAUAAGAGGUAGAUCAAUCAGAAACGUAUUGAAAAUGCAUGAGUUCGAAGCCAGAAGAUACUCUUUAGGCUUAGUGACGGAGCCGGAAGAUGAGAUUGAUUGGAAAGUUGCUUCAAGUAGAAAUUUCGAUCAGAGAAGUAGUACGAUAUCAAUCUGUUACGCACUCAGCAGUGGGGAAUACUUGGAGAUUGAUAAUUUCUCCAUUGUUGAUCCACCUUUCGAACAUGAAGAACUCCUCAAUUCGUUGAAUUGUGUUGGACGGGAUGACAGAGGUUGGUCCAAAGACACCGAUGAGGACAGUCUGGGGGAUUUGAAGAAUUAUAUUUCGGAGUGUUUAGCUUAUUCUGAUGGUGGGAUUAUUACCAACAGCGGCGAGGUCCUCACGAAUUAG